GGGCGGCUGCAAUAUGGCGGAGGCGGAAGGGGAGAGUCUGGAGUCCUGGCUGAAUAAAGCCACCAAUCCUUCUAACCGCCAGGAGGACUGGGAAUACAUAAUUGGCUUUUGUGAUCAGAUCAACAAGGAGCUUGAAGGGCCGCAGAUCGCUGUCCGACUGCUGGCCCAUAAGAUCCAGUCUCCGCAGGAAUGGGAGGCGGUCCAGGCCCUGACGGGCCGCCUCUUCUGGUUAGGUCCUUCCUUGGGCAAGGAUUUAUGCAGCGCCACCAGCAUGUGAGGUCUGGUCGAGCGCCAGGUCCUGGCCUGAGCGCCGGCCUCUGUGCCCCAGGUGCUGGAAGCCUGCAUGAAGAACUGCGGCAGGAGGCUCCAUAACGAAGUGGGCAAGUUCCGGUUUCUGAAUGAGUUGAUCAAAGUCGUCUCUCCGAAGUACCUGGGGGACAGGGUGUCUGAGAAAGUGAAGACCAAGGUUAUUGAGCUGCUUUAUAGCUGGACGUUGGCCCUGCCGGAAGAAUCAAAGAUCAAGGAUGCCUACCACAUGUUGAAGAGACAGGGCAUCGUGCAUUCCGACCCGCUGAUCUCUGUGGACAGGACGCUGAUCCCGUCUCCACCACCUCGUCCCAAAAACCCCGUUUUUGAUGACGAGGAGAAAUCCAAGCUUUUAGCUAAGCUGUUGAAAAGCAAAAACCCAGACGACCUGCAGGAGGCCAACAAGCUCAUCAAGUCCAUGGUGAAGGAGGAUGAGGCGCGGGUGCAGAAGGUGACCGAGCGUCUGCACACCUUAGAGGAGGUGGAUACCAGCGUGAAGCUGCUUGGUGAGAUGCUGCGUCACUACAGCAGAGAAGGCUCUGCGGAGGCAGACAAGGAGCUCAUGAAGGAGCUGUUUGAUCGGUGUGAGAACAAGAGGCGGACGUUAUUCAAACUCGCCAGCGAGACAGAGGACAAUGACAAUAGUUUAGGGGACAUUUUACAGGCCAGUGACAACCUCUCCCGGGUCAUCAACUCUUAUAAGACAGUCGUUGAAGGGCAGGUUGUCAAUGGUGAGGUGGUGACCUCAGCCAUUCCCGACUCAGAAGGAAACGGCCGCUCCAGCCACCAAGGCACUCUCAUUGACCUUGCUGAGGUGGAUGCGCCAAGCAGCCCGCCCCCAGCGCUGGCCCCCGCCUCCUCCAGCUCAAGCAUCCCUGUCCUCCCUCCGCCCCCCCAGGCCUCGGGCCCUGGGCGCAGCCACUCGGCUGGCCAGCCGGAGGCGCCCCCAGGGCCCAGCAGCACGAGCAACGCCCUCAGCCUGCUGGACGAGGAGCUACUCUGCUUGGGCCUCGCCGACCCGGUGCCCAGCGCUCCUCCCGCCGAGGCAGCUGGGAACAGCCAGUGGCCCCUGCUCCAGAGCGAGCAGUCGGACCUGGACUUCUUCAGCUCCAAGCCCGGGCCGGGAGCCUGCAGCCCUGCAGAUGGGCCUCUCCUGCAGCCCUCGGGGGCCCCCGCAGGCAGGCCCCAGGCCCCAGUGGUCCCGGCUGGAGUUCCUGCCCACGGAGCCGGCCCCUUCUUGUUCUCCACCGGCCUGGCCCCAGCUCCGGCCCCAAAGGCUAAGCCCAUCACCCCCGGGUACCACGGUUCUGCUUUGGGCAAUAGUACCCUGCACCAGCUGGAUGUCCUCGACCAGCUUCUACAAGAGGCCAAAGUGACGUCAGGCCUGGUGAAACCCGCCGCCUCCAGCUUCUUCCCAGGCGCUGCCGCCCCUCCUCUGCUCCCCACCGGCACCUCCGCUCGGCCUCUCCUCCCCCUCUCCACGGGGCCCGGCAGCCCUCUCUUCCAGGCCCAGGGCAGCCCUGUGAAGGGGCCCGAGCUCUCCCUGGCCAGUGUCCACGUGCCCCUGGAGUCUAUCAAACCGAGCAGUGCCCUUCCUGUGACGGCCUAUGAUAAAAACGGCUUCCGCAUCCUCUUCCAUUUUGCCAAGGAGUGCCCUCCAGGACGGCCCGAUGUGCUGGUGGUGGUGGUGUCCAUGCUGAACACAGCUCCCUUGCCCAUCAAGAGCAUCGUGCUGCAGGCCGCAGUGCCCAAGUCAAUGAAAGUGAAGUUGCAGCCACCCUCUGGGACAGAACUCUCUCCUUUCAGCCCCAUCCAGCCACCUGCAGCCAUCACACAGGUCAUGCUGCUGGCCAACCCGCUGAAGGAGAAGGCGAGGCUUCGGUACAGGCUGACCUUUGCCUUGGGGGAGCAGCUGAGCACCGAGGUGGGUGAGGUGGACCAGUUCCCCCCUGUGGAGCAGUGGGGGAACCUAUGACCCCAGAGGACACGUGUUGGCUGCACUUUGGAGCCCAGGCAGGCUGCCCCAAUACGGGAGGCUCUCCAGGCCUGGUCCUCCUUCACAUCCUAACCGCUGUGCUUGAGAGCUUUGAUGUGGAACAGGGGCCCUGGCCGCUGCUGCUGGGAGCCGAGCCGCUGCUGUGAUCUCUCUUCCUUCAGCCCCUAAGAGGACCUGUUUUUAUCUACCUGUGUGACUUGAAGUGGCCACGUGCAUCAGGAGCGGGGAGUGGCCCCAGGUGCUGCGCCGCCCCCUGGGGACAUGGCCCCAGGGCUGGAGUGGGUUUUCCCCUUGCGCUGGCAUCCUCUGAUGCAGAGACUCAGGACCCUCCAGGACCACAUCCUCACAUCCCCAGUUCUCAGCCCCACUGCUACCCAGGCUUCCCCUCGGCAUGCUCCAGGGAGGAGGGCACAGCCUAGGCUCCCCACUGGCCCUGGGCCCAGAGCAGGGCGCUGGCGUGCUGCCGGACCGCCACCCUUGCCCUCUGUAGGCAGCGUGAGCCUGGAACGGCUGGCCUCCAGGGAGCUGUGCUGGGCCCUGGCGGCGGCAGGCUGUGUCCUAUGGACAUCACAGUAAGAUAAGGGACUCAAGCUGCUAGAAGUAGAACUUGGCCUUGUGGCAGCCUGAACCACAACUAGGAAAGGAAAUGGAAAAGAGCAGUGCUGCGCCUUCUCCGGAAGCAGGUGCCCAGCACUUUCUGGGAAAGGGUGCCUCCUGCCGUGGGAGCAGGCCAUCUCACUCACUCACUACCUCUUGCUCAGCGUUGGAACAAACCGCUGUGCUGCCCUUCACGCCUCUGAAGGGGAAGACAGCACCCUGUGUCCUGCUUUGGCCCCCCUCCUCCCACCAGAUGGCCUGCGGGGUGGCUCGCGGUUGGGAACAGGAGGCCUCAGGAUCAGGCGCGUUGCACUAAACUUACGUCCUUACCUGCUGCCCAGAGACCCCGAGUGUCCCCAGCUGCUGAGGGGCACUGUCGGCGACAUGUUGGGUCUGGAGGUGGUGAGAUUAGGGGCCUUGCUUGAAUCGAGUCACCAGACCCUAUUGCUUCAACAGUGCUCUGUCCACUGGCUACAGAUAGGCCUCACGGGGCAACAGGCAGGUGAGACCCCGCCGCUGGGGAACGAGCAGGUGGCUCACCCACGCUCAGCUGGAUGAGCCAGAGCCAGCUCCAGGGAGAGGCAGCCCUGGAGCAGCCCUCCCUGCUCUCGCCAGGCUUCCUUAAUCAAGAGGCCAUCACCCCCUCCGCUCCCCUCAUCAGCGAGCAGGUUUCACUGCUUCAUUAGGACAGACGAAAGUGAAUCCAUUUCACUCCUUAAGGAGUAAAUCCAAGAGCUCUCCAGAGAUGGGCUGCUGCAGCCCUGGGAAGCUCUGUGGGACUACUAUGCGGAAUGUACCUUUACGAUAAGCUUUAGACUUAGAGUUAUUUAUGAGUGUUACUCAUUACUAUUGAGGUCACUUUGUGACAAAAAACUACUGGAUAUAUCAACUGCUGCCCUUGUUUUGCUGCAUGUUAAAUAAAACCAUUUUUGCCCUA